AUGGAAGUAGCAGGACUCGAGGACAGUUUCCCGUGCAUCGUGAUACGAGGUACGUGGAGGUUCUCACUGUCGUGUCACCGAACGCGGCGAGAAUUCUGCAUGUUUAGUUUUGACUUUGUAUCUUUACGCUAACUUCUCUGUGCAGGAAUAUGCGACUACUCUGAUUCUUACAAGACCAAACGAUGGCAGAGAUAUGCGGCUGCUAGUGCGGCUGCGUUUGCAAAGGACCUUUUAAGGUUUGUUAACGUGCAGCACCUCGAAGAGCUUACCCCGGUGAAGCAACCAACUUCAGAGUCUCAAACUGACAACAGCGACGAUGGCAUGUUGGGCACUGCCUUUCAUGGAACCUUGCGAAAGUGGAUCCAAGCGCGUAAGUCUGACUCCUCGCUCCAGAAGCAUCUCUUGCUCACGACAAUGUCUACUAGGAGACGUUCCCUUGAGCCUGCACAAUGUACCUAUCGCUGGCUACUUCGUCCCUCGAACCUCCGAGAUGGAUCGCCUUAACACCUUCUUCUUCCCCAAAUCGAGCAACAGAUCUCGUCAACGUAUAUUUGUUGUUCACGGAAUGGUAGGCAUCGGUAAGACGCAACUGUGUCUAGAAUUUGCCCGUAGUAACGGUGCUCGUUUCAAGUCCAUAUUCUGGAUCGACGCUUUAUCGAAGACCUCUGUCUAUCAGUCGUUCGCUCAAGCUGCUUGCAGAUCGUUAGGUUUACUCGUGAAACGAGAUUACACCGUCUUAGCGACGACAGCCGGACGAUGGGGACAAAAAACUAUAGAUAUUCAAGAUCUUGCAGGUCAAUUCGUUUAAUGGCUGGGCGCCCCAUACAACGCUGUAUUUGCUAAUACUGGACAAUGUGGACCGUGAUUGGCGUAGCAAGGAUCCUAAGGCUUUCAACUAUCGAGAUGUCUUACCGGAUGCCGACCAUGGCAAUGUCAUUGUGACGAGUAGAUUGGCGGAUUUGCAAAUUCCGUACGCUAGUAUUGAGCUCCAGCCAAUCGAUAGCGCUCAGUCCGAAGAGCUGCUACAAUCAAGAGCAGGCAGACCGCUAGAAGGUAAGCUUUCUCAACUUGAUUAAGACGCGUUACUAAUGCUUAAUAGGUUGCCAGCCUUUAUCAUCGAGACUAUCUGGCCUGCCUUUAGCAUUAGCUCAAGCUGGCUCAUACCUGGGCCGUACGUCGAUUUUAGUAGAGAAGUAUCUGGACAUGUACGAGGAUACAUGGGCAGCAUUGAUGCAAAGUCAACAGAAGUAUUCUAAAGGCCCCGACUCGUAAGCAAGCCUCCUUACAACCUGGGUAAUAUCUUUCAACCAAGUUUCCGAGGAGAAUCCCUCUGCGGCCGGACUUCUACGUCUUUAGGCAUUCUUAGACCGAGCGGACCUGUGGUACGAGUUAAUAAAUAGCGAAGGCGCCAUGUCGGUCGACUUCACCUGGCCACUUUGGUUCACACCCUUGGCUGGCAAAGAGAUUGUCUUUCGAGAUAGUGUCGCAGUCCUAAAAUCAUAUUCCCUUGUAGUAGGAUCUCCUAACGACAACAGCUAUUCCAUGCACCCGGUAGUACACGACUGGAACCGACAGUUCUUGGAAUCGGAGUCUGAACGCCGCUUGCUUUUUGCCAUGGCAUGCCUUCUGGUUGCCCGGCUUUGCCGUCAUACCGAAUCGAAGGGGGAUUUGGAGCUUGAAAAGCGACUCAUACCGCAUGCAAUGCAUCUCUCUCGAUACGUGGACGUACCCUGUGGAUUGGACACUGCUAAGGAUUGGGACACGAUAGCAUCGCUUUUGAAAAAAUGGGAAGCCAUGAGUGAGAGCGAAGUCUUGUAUAAGCGAGUGCUGGCUCUAUAUCAAGGAGAGCUGGGAUCUAAGCACCCAAAGUCUUUGGAUAGUGUGCUGUCGCUAGGCAGUGUCUAUGAACAUCAAGCGAAGUUCGACGCUGCUCAGGAACUCUACCGGACAAUUUUGCCCGACGUAGCAAGCCUCGAUGACCCCAAAGCUCCUGGAUAUUUGACGGUCGCAGGAAUGAUGAAAGGUUUCGCCAUGAUUUGCAUGAAAGGAAGCGACUGGCAGACUGCAGAAGGUCUAUUGCGCUUGUGUUACGGAAGAGAAUCCAAUGUUUUGAACCCACGCAGCGCUCCGGUACGGUGGACCAUGCGCACCCUGGGGGCAGUCUACUACGCACAAGAAAAGUGGAUUGAAGCAGAAGAAAUCUGGCGUUGCGAGCUGGAAUCAAGGCCAGUCAACUCCGUUGAGGCCAGUGAUACGCUCGGCUGCCUUGGAACUGUCUAUGAAAAGCUUCAAGACUUCGGAAGGGCAGAGAAAACUCACCGCGAUUUUUACGAGGCGACUGUCAACACCAAAGGCAUACUCCACGAGGCUUCCACAAAUGCUAUCUGCAGAGUCAUGCAUUUCUAUUGCAGCUGGUCAAAAUUCUUGGAUUGCCGCUCUUUCGGCACUGCAGCAUUGAGCCGCAUGGACGCAGAGCACGCGAAAGGAGGAGACGACGUCUUGCUGGACGCUGCAACAUUUCGAACUGCGAAAGCCAAGAUUCGUUACGCUGUUGCACUUUCAGCACGAAAGAUGGGCUGUUACUGA